AUGGGUUCACUGCCCAGUGGUCGCGUUACAAUCUCCAAACCGUUUUCACACUGCGGCGUCGAUUACGCCGGUCCGGUAAACCUGAAAGAGGGCAAGCGCCGUAAUGCCCGCAUUUGUAAGGCUUAUAUCUCAAUAUUCGUCUGCUUCGCCACGAAGGCAGUCCACAUAGAGCUAGUAAGCGACCUCACCUCGGAUGCCUUUUUAGCCACGUUGCGAAGAUUUAUAUCGCGAAAAGGGAGGCCAGUCAAUAUUUACUCCGAUAACGGAACGACCUUUGUUAGUGCAAAUAAGCAAAUAAAGGAACUCUAUGAUUUUGUCGCCAGCGAGCAAGUUCAGACAAACGUUAAGGAUUUCCUUCGCGACCAAGAAACGUCAUGGUCAUUCAUACCGCCCAACGCGCCUCACUUCGGGGGUUUGUGGGAGGCAGCCGUAAAAUCUGCUAAGUAUCACUUGUCUCGUAUCGUUGGCCAGGCACAUUUAACAUUUGAGGAAAUGACGACCGUGCUUUGCGAAAUAGAGGCAAUUCUGAACUCGCGGCCUCUCACUCAAUUAAGUAAUGAUCCGAAUGAUCUGACCCCCCUCACACCGGGUCACUUUCUGGUCGGUACUCUGCUCAACAGUAUCCCUUCUCCCGAUUUAACCGAUGUAAGCGAGAAUAGAUUAACACGUUGGCAAUUAGUUCAGCAGCUCCAACAGCAUUUCUGGAGAAGGUGGAGCACGGAAUACUUGAGCUCCCUUCAGGAACGUUCUAAAUGGAAGAAGAACCUGGGAGCAGCAUUGGAACCAGGACGACUCGUGCUGAUUAAGCAACAGGGCUUAGCGCCCUUGCAAUGGUUAUUGGGUCGCAUCCAAGAAGUUCGUCCCGACUCCGACGGUAUAUCCCGCUCUGCUGUGGUAAAAACUGCCAAGGGAAUGUUCAUACGGCCCAUAACCAAGUUGGCGAUACUACCGAUCGAUCAGUGA